AUGACCGCAUUUCCUCCAGAGCUUGUAGAGCUAAUCAUAUAUGAGGCCUGGCACUCUGAAAUGCCAUCCUACAUCCGAAUAACUUUCAUGACUACUUGCCCCAGCAUCAACCGGACAUGGAAAGCUGUCUUCGCCCCCAUUGCCUCUCAGGAUAUAUACAUCAUCAACCCCGCAUACAUAUACUACUUAUGCGACGUAGCCCAGCACCGAAAAUCUAUCAUCUACCAUGACUUAAUACCCAGACUUACCCGCACCCUCACCUGCUUCAUCGACCUCGACGAAUGUGCAAUGGAGACAGCAGUUAUAAGAGUGUAUCGCUAUCUACUCUUCCUUCCUAACGACAUUGGCUUUAAAACCCUCUUUCCUCUCGUUACACAUUUCUCUUUCGUGCUCUGGUGGACCAUCACUUUUGCACAGAUUCCGCAGCUCUAUCAUAUUCCCGUCUGUGUCUGCUACCACCGAUACCUGUCUAUGGAACCUGAAUAUGAUGAAUAUCAUAGGGGGAAGACACGGCUUGGAAGCAUAUGUCUUUUUGAUUGA